GCCGUGUCGGCUCUGAAGGUAACUGCUCUAGAUGGCUUGUUCAACAAGUUGAACCUGACACACCUGUGGACGCGCACUUUUCAUCUAGGACGUGAAAAUGUGGUGGAAUCGGUGGUAACCUUUGUGAACAGCAUAGUGAUGAAGAAUGUGACCUACGGUGACGCCUGGUAUCACCAUACUAAGGUUCACUUGCCAAAGAUGCUGGCCGUACGAAGAAUAAGUAAAGCUUUCGUCUCCCUUUACUACCACAGUGUCAACAGUCGGUGGACCAUUCGAAAUAAGGUGAAGGAGCAGUGGGGGUGGACGAGAGUACAAAUGUUCAGAGGUACAAAAAGGAUAGUACCACUGAGGAUGGACUUGAGCGGGAUGCCAUCCUGCUCUCCCUACCUGGCAGUUAUUACCAGAUUCAGUGAUGCUCAAAUUCUUGUCUACAGUCCGACAGAUGGCCGCUACCAUGAGAGAGGUAUGGUGUUGACUGGGAGAUGCAUCAAGACAGUGCUGGGGUACAAUCUUCGUGGCCACGAUUAUGUCGUUACAUCACACUCUUGUCUCCAAGACAGCCACUACAACUAUAGCAAUCCUCAGGCAAGACGCAGGAACGAGUGGGUGCAGAUAUGGAGGGUUUCACCUGAUAUUAACCCGGUCUACCAAAUGGCUGUAGGUGCUACUGAUGUACAGGUAGUAAUUUUGCGUGGUGUGUUGUGCCUGAUAAUGGUGGAAUCUCGCGGUCAUGACGUUGUGGUAAUGUGUGAGAGGGGUGAUAACACCUUUGUACAACACCAGCGACUUCCCUCUCAAAACCCACAGAAGGCAUCAGUGAUGCAUCACAAAGACCCCAGCGGGAGGCUGAACACCUUCCUCGUGGUGGCUGUGCGCGGCACUUCUCCCCACCAUGGUAGUGCUUACACUGUCUGGCGCUACGAUACAGAGGAUAACGCUUUCUUCCUAUUGCAGAGGAUGUCACUGGAUAACGUGGAGUGGGUCGCACUCUCUUCACACAGAAGUGACCUUUUCCUGGCGGUGGUCUCUAAGGGUUUCAGAGGUGACCAGCAUGGCGAGGUGUUCAUCUACAGAAUGGACUGGUCGAGUGAAGAGGGCAGCACGUCCCUUAGUCACUACGGCUCCACCUCUGAGAAAUUGAAUUCUCAGACUAUCAUACCCAACUUCGUGUUGAAGCAGCAGCUUGCACUCAAGUGGCCACUGGAAGCUCACUUCGCCACACUACCUUCAGGACAACUUUACCUGUACGUUAUCAACCAGGAGGGCUUUGUCACCUGGUUUAGUCAGAAAGGAAUUCACAGGUUCAGGAAGGAAGGGAAGCUACACGCCCCUGGUAAGCAGAGGUUGGAGGCGUGGGGGUGUGCAACCUCCGGGACACAGCUACAUAGAAUUUCCAUAGCUGGAGACGUGUGCGCUGAAGAGGAUGUCACCGCAGAACCCGCUGUGGUCCUGGAGGCAAACAUCAGGUAGAAACUCCUCGAAGCCGGUAGUGAAUUCUGAAGGCCUGAUCUAAAGAUUUCUCUAGAACCCUGAAGCUUUAAAAAGCAAACUCUUAGCCUUCUCAGUAAAUCAUAAGUUCUGGAAGAAACACAAAAAUCACAAUAUAAAGUUGUCAGAUGCCCUAGUUAAUCGUACAAUAUUUUACCAUUAUUUAAAACUUUCAAAAGUUCCAGCUAUUGAGUUUCAUUUGCAGUUUUAAAUUAGAAAUUCAAAUAUAUUCCAGCUAAGUCUUAAGCUUUUUAUCGUUAAAUGUUUACUAUUUAUUCUAUAUGCAUAUAAAAGAUUAAUAUAUUUAUAAGUAUC